AGUGUCAUCAUCAUCACCGCCGACAGCACAUCACACACUCGGAGCGGGUCGCCAAGCGCUCAGAGCCGCUCAUGAUGCGCAGGAUUCGGGCCAACGCCAUCCUCAUCCUCACCGUGGCCUGGAUCCUCGGCACCUUCUAUUACCUGUGGCAGGACAGCAAACCUUCCUCCUCCUCCUCGUCGUCGGGCUCCCAGCUGAAGAACCACGGGCAGAAAGGGAGGCUGGAGGAGCGCACUCUUCCUCUGAUCGUAACUCAUGCACCAAAGCUGGAGCAGCAGAGUCAGCUCUUGGGCCAGUUUGAUGAAAAGGCUUUUCUAUCCAGUAAGCAGCUGAAGGCAGGUGAGGAUCCGUACAGAGAACAUGCGUUCAACCUGCAGGAGAGCGACCGACUGGGCAGCGAACGCGCCAUCAGAGACACACGCCACUAUCGAUGUGCCGCCAUGACCUUUGACCCUGACCUGCCGCCCACCAGCAUCAUCAUCACUUUUCACAAUGAGGCGCGCUCCACCCUGCUGCGCACUAUUAAAAGUGUACUGAUGAGAAGCCCACCUCACUUGAUACAGGAAAUUAUUCUUGUGGAUGACUUUAGCUCCAACCCUGAAGACUGUCGACUGCUCUCUCAGAUCCCGAAGGUGCGCUGCCUGAGAAACGAGCGCCGGGAAGGUCUGAUCCGGUCUCGUGUCAGAGGGGCGUCUGCGGCUUCGGCCUCCAUCCUCACCUUACUGGACAGUCACUGUGAGGUCAACACAGACUGGCUGCAACCCAUGAUCCAGAGAGUCAAAGAGGAUCACACGCGUGCGGUCAGUCCCAUCAUUGAUGUGAUCAGUCUGGAUAAUUUUGCCUACCUGGCCGCUUCUGCAGACCUGAGAGGAGGUUUCGACUGGAGUUUACACUUCAAAUGGGAGCAGAUUCCUAUAGAACAGAAAAUGGCUAGAAAUGACCCAACACAACCAAUCAGGACUCCUGUGAUUGCUGGAGGAAUCUUUGUCAUGGAUAAAGGCUGGUUUAAUCACCUGGGCCAGUAUGACACUCACAUGGACAUCUGGGGUGGUGAGAACUUUGAGCUGUCGUUCAGAGUGUGGAUGUGUGGCGGCAGUCUUGAGAUCCUGCCCUGCAGUCGCGUGGGCCACGUCUUCAGGAAACGCCAUCCUUAUGACUUCCCAGAGGGCAACGCACUCACCUACAUCAAGAACACGCGGAGAGCUGCUGAGGUCUGGAUGGAUGAGUAUAAACAGUAUUACUACACCGCAAGACCAUCAGCACAGGGCAAGGCCUUCGGGAGUAUUGCAGAUCGGCUUGCAUUAAGACGGAAAUUGAACUGUAACUCUUUCCGCUGGUAUCUUGAGAAUGUGUAUCCUGAACUCAAAAUCCCAGAGCAGGAAGCGGUGUACAGUCUCCUGAAGCAGGGUGGCUUGUGUCUGGAGAGUCACGGCACAGACAGUCUGGGUUUGGCUGAGUGUAAGACCACACCGAACAUCCCUGCCUCACAGGCGAAGAACACCCACUGCCCAGAGAACAGGCACAAAGUGGCACAGUUUAUGUGCCAUGACACCUCCACGGUUGACAGGUUCUACACUUUGAACCUCGAUGCAAAGCAGGCGGCGGAGCACCGCCACCUGUUUGAGGCAGCCUUGGAAGGUGAGGAUAGGGCGCCAGUGCCUGGGACGCCAAAGCGCCCCGCUAAACCGCGCAAGCGGCCGGCCAGCCAGUCCCCCUCCGCCAGCCUGUUGACCUCUGCCAGCCCGACGACCUCUGCCAGCCCUCCCCAUGGUGAAGCAAGCCCAGAGUCCAGGGAGUCUGCUUCGAGAAACUCCGCUCGCGGCUUUGACGCUGGUUUCCUGGUAACAGCAGCAGUGGCGGGGUACGAGAGCACUCAGAUUUUGGCUCUGUGUCAGAAGCAGGCUUGA